GCUCGGCGAUGCGGUGUAGGGUCAGGGGAUGGUGCGCGAUGGAAGAUGAGGGAGACAAGCGUGUGUCCUUUGUUUAUCUUACCCGCGAAUGAGGAUGAUUGUUUUGUAUAGGGAGCGUCUGCGUCGUGCUGUCGUACCCAUUACUUGUGCGGCACUUAUCUUGGGACCAGGGUUGUUCGUAUACAUUGAGGGCCGCAUUCCUUGCUUGCGGCGCUAGGGUGGGACGGCGCGUGAAUCGUCACCGCGUGUAGGCGCGUGUACCUACCCGCACUCGUCGCGAGUUCUGGUCUGCCAACUUGGCAUUCACCGAUACUGACUCAGCGCAGCUUUCCUUUAGCAUUGUGUUGCUGACCUCUCGUCAUGACCAUUGGGCGCUUAGCGGGCGUCUUCCGUAGUGCUUCUUCAAGAAGUGAAUAUUGGGCAAUGUCUCCGACAGUAACGGCGCAGUGGCACCCUCGCAGUUUCAAGAACUAUCAAUAUGUUUCUUUAAUUUCUCUUGUAGAAUUCGUAGCGCUCUCCCCUCGGUUUGUGGCGUUCGAUCAUCGUGCAUCUAACGACUCUCACGGGCUCCCACAGAUUUCCACAGACGUACCGCGUCACCAGUUGCAUAUCGGCACUACUCAUGCACCAGAAAGCAUAGUGCAUUCUCUUCCCGCUCACCUUCGUGCAGAUCGGGAGUCCAUAGCACUAGCUUCGCCCCCAUAUUCCUAUCCGCUGCCGCCGCAAUUCACAGGUCGACAUUCUCAUCAUCCCGCUGCGCCUAUCGGCCUCCGGGGGCACACCGGGGAACCGAUGAGAAAGAGGUCGGCACCGUGUACUCCAAUAUAGCGCUGUGGCCGCCCAUCUGCUGGAUAGGGGGACGUCUUCAACUAUCGCUCACCUGUUCCCAGAACUUCAUCCGACCUAUUCAUCAUGGCCGCACCCGCUC